UGUGAGAACAAAAAAUACCUAAUAUCUUUAACAGAAAUAACCCCUCACAGCUCUGUUUUUGCUGGAAACUUUCAACUGUUCUAUGCUUGGAGGGUCGGUUGCCUAGCAACUUCAAUUUUGCGACCAGUUCCCACUGCGUGCCUUUAUUGGUUCAGGGCAAGUGGUGUAAAGGUGACCUUCGCCAUGAAGCACUCUAUAACAGGUGAACAAAUAUCCAAGUGGUUCACAUCAGGGAACGCAUUUACCUCACCGAAUCGGAAAUAUGAGAGCAAAACCGAAUGUGCUUCACCGACAGAGAGCAGCCCAGCAACACCCAAAGAUUCCAGCCAGAAAGUUGAUGCUGGAAGGAUCCAAAAACCACAACCUUCAGAAGGUCCUGCUCCACUUUCUCCUUCCCCCAGUGUUGAAUCCCCAGGCUUGCCCAUUACCAAAAAAAAGAGCGAACUGAUUUCCUUCAUAGAAAACAACUCUGUUGUGAUCAUCCGAGGAGCCACAGGCAGUGGGAAGACCACUCAGCUUCCUCAGUUCAUUUUGGACCACUACAAUGAGAAAAAUGUGACAUGUAACAUUGUGGUUACUCAGCCACGCAAGAUUGGAGCUACCAGUAUUGCUCGUUGGGUUGCUGCACAGAGGAAGUGCACCCUGGGUAGUCAGGUGGGAUAUCAGAUUGGACUGGAGAAAAUGACUACUGAACACACUCGGCUAAUUUACAUGACCACAGGGGUUCUGCUGCAAAAGCUGGUGCAAGCCAAGUCUCUCACAGGGUACUCUCACAUUUUUGUAGAUGAGGUUCAUGAGCGCACUGAGGAGAUGGACUUUCUCUUGUUGGUGUUGAGAAAACUCCUUCAUUCCAACUCUCGUCAUGUUAAGAUAAUCCUUAUGUCAGCCACCAUCAACUGCGAUGAGUUUGCUAGAUACUUUGCCACGCUGAUACGGGGCAAGAUGAGCCCUGCUUACGUGUUUGAAGUAGAGGGAACUCCGUACGCCACAGAAGAGUUUUACAUCGAAGACAUUCAAAAGCUUCACCCUCACGGGUUCGAGCUGCCUAAUCCUGAUGACCCGCAUAUCCCUCUCAAGAUGUACGAUCUUGCCAUCAAUCUAAUCCACAGCUUUGAUGAGAUGGAGGGGAAAGAUUUCAGCAAAGCUGAGGCAGAUGGUCGGAUGACUUUGUCAGAGAGAGGAAGUGUUCUGGUUUUCCUUCCUGGUUUACAAGAGAUUCGCUGCAUGCAGGAGGCAUUGUCCAAGCUCGUUCACCAAAGAUUGCAGGUUUAUCCUCUUCAUUCAAGUGUGACCCUGGAAGAGCAGAAUGGCGUGUUUAUUUCUCCUGUCCCUGGAUACAGGAAGGUGAUCCUCUCAACCAACAUUUCUGAGAGUUCAGUGACUGUGCCGGACGUCAAAUACGUUAUUGACUUCUGCUUAGCACGUCAGCUGGUGUAUGACAAGGAAACUAAUUAUCAGUGUCUGCGUCUGACCUGGGCAUCCAAAAGCAACUGCAAUCAGCGCAAAGGUAGGGCCGGCCGUGUGUCAAAAGGUUACUGCUACCGUCUUGUGACCAAACAUUUUUGGAGAAAUGAAAUCCCAGAAUAUAUGACUCCUGGGAUGCAGCUUGCUCCUCUGUCAAACAUCCUGUUAAAAGUCAAGCUGCUGGACAUGGGAGACCCUCUCACCCUUCUCUCUAAAGCGCUCUCACCGCCCAACCUCUCUGAUAUUGUCAGGACAGUGCUCCAACUCAUAGAGAUGGGUGCACUGUCUGCAAAAGCGGAUGGAGGAAGUCAGAGCCAGGAUGGUGAGCUGACAUUUCUUGGCCGAGUGAUUGCCAGCCUUCCUGUGGACCUUUACCUAGGAAAGAUGAUUGUCCUGGGUCAUGUCUUUGGCUGUCUGGAUGAAUGUCUCAUCAUAGCUGCGUCACACUCUCUGAGAACCUUCUUUGCCAUCCCAGCCAUGCAGCAGCUUGCCGGUCACAGGAGUAAGCUGGCAUUUGCCCAUGGUACACCAAGUGACUCUAUAGCCAUCCUUAAUGCCUUCAGGGCCUGGUACUCUGCUAAAAAGAAUGGACAACUGAGGCAUCCUAAGGACGAGCUGAGCUGGGGAAGAGAGAACUUCAUCCAGAUCAAAAGGAUCAGAGAGGCUGCAGAGUUGUAUGAGGACCUGAAGAAGCGUGUUGCAUUGUUUAACAUGCAUGUCCCGGAGGACCCACAGUCGCUUGACAACACCAGCACCCACCGGCAGAAGUUCAUCCUUCAGGUUGUCGUCGCAGGAGCCUUCUACCCAAACUACUUCUUCCAGCAGGAAACGGAUGAACGGCUGGCCUGCAAAGAGCUCAAUGGCCUGAACCCCAGAACAACAGUGAUGGUCAGGAACCUCCCUCCAUACAGUUUCCUCUACUACAAACAGCUUCAGUCUUUGUUCCGACUUUGUGGGCAGGUGAAAACUGUCACCUUCGAUUGUUCCAGAGCUUAUGUUGAGUUUCAAAGGACUUCCAAGGAUUCCGGGGUGUUGCCUGAGGUGUUGCUCUCCCUCCUGAUGGCCCAAAAGAGCUUCCCACUGGAUAUGUCAGUCUACUCCUCUGAUCAGAUUGAAAUGUGUGCGGGGAGAAGAUCAGUGACUCACUUGAGAUAUUCACGACUGAAGGCAGAUAUCCAAAGACAGUCCCUCUCCCUGAUGGAUUCGGUCAGCACCAAAUUUAACCCUGGCAAGCUGCCUCCCAGUCGCCUGUUUGUUGUGAACAUCACCAAGGUGAUGGAUGUGGGUCAUUUCUGGGGUUUCCCAGGAGAUGAAGCAAGCUUGGAAAAGCAGCGCUGCCUGACGUCCGAGAUAAACAAGUGUACUAUGUCUCCCAUGACUGUGUCACUUUACCCCAACCUGGUGUGUUUGGCCCCAUUCUCGGAAAGCAAUGAGGAGAGUUUGUACUACCGAGCCAAGAUCCUGCACAUAAGUGGCAACAAUGUGGAGGUGUUCUUUUUGGACUUUGGAAACACUGCAGUUGUUUCCAGCAGCAGCCUCAGGGAGCUGCCAUCUGACCUGCUGUCUGAGCCUUAUCAGGCCUGGGAAUUCCAAGUUGUUGGAAUGCGUCCUUCAGCCCAGUCCAUCAUACUGGGAAACCAGUGGAGCAGCCGUGCCAGAGACUGCUUCAUCACAAUGGUGAAGAACCAGUCAGUAAUUGUGUCCCUCUACUCGAUCCUGUACGGCGUCAUGCGUGUUGAGCUCCUCAUCAACAAGGAUUCGAAAAGUACCAGUGUAGUGGACAUACUGGUGGAGGAGGGCUAUGCUGUGAAAGCAGAGGAGAGCUUUGAUUCUCAGCAAAGCCAUGAAGAUCUGAGGUGGGUGUACAAUGAAAUGGAGAAGGGAACAUACGUCCCCACUGCUGUCAGCAGUUCCAUGAGUGAACAAAAAGAACAAGAUGAGGAGAUGAUCCACAGUCUGCUGACUCAGCUGUCCAGUGGCCACAAGUCCUAUUGCAAGAAAAACGUUAAUCUGUUGGGACCUUGGAGUCCUUACCAGACCAAGUUCCACAGCUUGAGCAGGAAAACGUACUACAGGACCGUAAGUAUUGACAGGAGCAGCAUCAACCACUUCACCCUAAAUGAAAACCCACACUUCAAACAUCACAGGAUGCUGGUGGCGGCGAAGGUGGCCGUCAAUCCUUCAGCUACACAGAUCCUGCUGAACGAUACCUCCCUGCUGCCUGACAUCCCAGGACUGCCUAGCUUGGUGAUGAUGCUCUUCACGCCAGUCUUGGAGCUGCGCACAAACGAAGAACAGAGCUACUACACCGGAGCGCUCUGCGGCUUGGGCUUCGAAGAAGUAGCACAGAAGCCCAUCCUGCCUGAGAAUGACAUUGAACUGGCCUUUGAUGUCAAGUUGGAUAACAAAGACGUCGUCGAGAUUAACACUCUGCGGUCGGCCAUCAACAGCCUGCUGUGCAACGGGCCCAGCAGCACUCUGCAUCUGAGCCAGAAAAGGAUCCGUCAGCUUCAACAGGACUGCGGAGACCGCCUCACCAGACUGUUCAUCAGGACUCCUCCAAGACCAGCUGUCACUCCGGCGUACCUUGAGAACCAAUGGAAGUGGAACCAGGUUGAUCCUUCUCACAGAAUGGUCCUUGCAGAGCAAGGAGGUGGAAACGCUCAGGGUGGUCUCUUCCAGCUCCAUUCUCCCAUUGUGCUCAACAGAUAAAUAAAAGCUCCGUAUGAGAAUGACAGGAGUGAUAUUAGAACUUUUUUCUUUAGAUGGUUUUAAUGUUUAAAUAAGACAAACUGUGUUCCGAAAUAUUUUAUGUUAUCAAAGCAGAAGUUUCCUGUUUAUCCAAAAGGGCUGUUUUAUGUUCAUGUAGAGUUGUAAUUAUUUACCUACAGGCCAUUAAAAGUAGUUAU